AUGGCGCUGCUCAGCGAGAUGCGUGAGGUGAAGUUGGAGACCGACUUCAGCUACAACGCUGGGAUCAGCGCGUGCGAGAAGGGCAAACAGUGGCAGCGGGGUUUGGCGCUGCUCAGCGAAAUGCGGGAGUCCAGGCUGGAUCCUACCGUGAUCAGCUACAACGCUGGUAUGAGCGCGUGUGCGAGAUGCGGCCCGUGGCAGCAAGCGCUGUUGCUGCUCAGCGAGGCGUGGGAGAGCAGCCUAGAACCGAACGAGAUCAUAAGCUACAGCGCUGUGAUCAGCGCGUGCGAGAAGGGGGAGCAGUGGCAGCGGGCUUUGGCGCUGCUCGGCGAGCUGUGGGUGGCAAGGUUGGAACCCAACUCUAACCUACAACGUGGGAAUCAGCGCGUGCGAGACGGGCAAGCAGUGGCAGCGAGCUUUGACGUUGCUCAGCGAGAUGCGGGAGGCGAAGCUGGAGCCAGGCGUCCCCUUGUCUCUUACAGCGCUGGGAUCAGCGCGUGCGAGAAGGGCGAGCAAUGGCAGGAGGCUUUGGCGCUGCUUAGCGGGAUGCGGGAGGCGAAGCUGGAGCCCAACGUCAUCUCUCCUACAAGCUGCAAUGCUGGGGUGAGCGCGUGUGAGAAGGGCGAUCAGUGGCAGCGGGCCUUGGCGCUCCUCUGCGAGAUGCGGGAAGCGAGGCUGGAGCCCGACGUCAUCUUCAGCUACAGCGCUGGGAUCAGCGCGUGCGAGAAGGGCGAUCAGUGGCAGCGGGCUCUGGCGUUGCUCAGCAAGAUGCGGGGGGCGAAGCUGGAGCCCAACUCAGUUACAACGCUGGGAUCAGCGCGUGCGAGAAGGGCGAUCAGUGGCAGCGGUCUUUGGCGCUGCUCAGCGAGAUGUGGGAGGCGAAGCUCGAGCCCGACGGCAUCUCUUCAGCUACAAUGCUGGGAUCAGCGCGUGCGGGAAGGGCAAGCAGUGGCAACGGGCCCUGGCGCUGCUCAGCGAGACGUGGGAGGCGAAGCAGGGUCCCGACGCGUGUCUCCUACAACGCAGGGAUCAGUGCGUGCGAGAAAGGCGGGCAGUGGCAGUGGGCUUUGUUGCUGUUCAGCGAGAUGUGGGAGGCGAAGCAGGAACCCAACCCCCAGUCAGCUACAGCGCUGGGAUCAGCGCGUGCGAAAAAGGCGAGCAGUGGCCGCGGGCGCUGGCUCUGCUGAGCGAGGCGCGGGAAGCCGAGCUGGAGCCCAACGUCGUCUAUCUUGA